GGGGAGGGGCUCCCGGCCUCGCCGACAGCUGCUUCCUGCUAGGCUCACAUCCCCGCACCGCGCCGCCAGUGUGGUCGAGAGCGCGCUGUCCCAGAGCCGUCCUUCCGCCGCCACCGCCCGGCUGCAGCCCCGCGCCCCUGAGUCGCCCCGCGGCCAGCCCAGCCCUCUCGCGUCCGCUCCGGGAACCCGCGCCCUCCACGUAUUCCUGCCCGUCCCCGGCCAUGCUGUCCUUCCAGUACCCCGACGUGUACCGCGACGAGACCGUGGUACAGGAUUAUCAUGGGCAUAAAAUUUGUGACCCUUAUGCUUGGCUUGAAGACCCAGACAGCGAACAAACCAAGGCCUUCGUGGAGGCCCAGAACAAGAUCACUGUGCCCUUUCUCGAGCAGUGUCCCAUCAGAGGUUUAUACAAAGAGAGAAUGACUGAACUGUACGACUAUCCCAAGUAUAGUUGCCACUUCAAGAAAGGAAAGCGGUAUUUUUAUUUUUAUAAUACAGGUUUGCAGAACCAACGAGUAUUAUACGUGCAAGAUUCUUUAGAGGGUGAGGCCAGAGUGUUUCUUGACCCCAACAUACUAUCUGACGAUGGAACAGUGGCUCUCCGAGGUUAUGCCUUCAGUGAAGAUGGUGAAUAUUUUGCCUAUGGUCUGAGUGCCAGUGGCUCAGACUGGGUGACGAUCAAGUUCAUGAAAGUCGAUGGUGCCAAAGAACUUCCUGAUGUGCUUGAAAGAGUCAAGUUCAGCUGUAUGGCCUGGACCCACGAUGGGAAGGGAAUGUUCUACAACUCGUACCCUCAGCAGGAUGGAAAGAGUGAUGGCACAGAGACAUCCACCAAUCUCCACCAGAAGCUCUGCUACCACGUCCUGGGGACUGAUCAGUCAGAAGACAUCUUGUGUGCUGAGUUUCCUGAGGAGCCUAAGUGGAUGGGAGGAGCUGAGUUAUCUGAUGACGGGCGCUAUGUCUUGUUAUCAAUAAGGGAGGGAUGUGAUCCAGUGAACCGACUCUGGUACUGUGACCUGCAGCAGGAAUCCAAUGGCAUCACUGGAAUCCUGAAGUGGGUGAAACUAAUCGACAACUUUGAAGGAGAAUAUGACUAUGUCACUAAUGAGGGGACAGUGUUCACAUUCAAGACGAAUCGCCAUUCUCCCAACUAUCGCCUGAUCAACAUUGACUUCACGGAUCCUGACGAGUCUAAGUGGAAAGUGCUUGUUCCCGAGCACGAGAAAGAUGUCUUGGAAUGGGUAGCUUGUGUCAGGUCCAACUUCCUGGUCCUGUGCUACCUCCACGACGUGAAGAACAUUCUGCAGCUGCACGACCUGACCACCGGUGCUCUCCUCAAGACCUUCCCGCUCGAGGUCGGCAGCAUCGUGGGGUACAGCGGACAGAAAAAGGACACUGAGAUCUUCUACCAGUUCACUUCCUUCUUAUCUCCAGGUAUCAUUUAUCACUGUGAUCUUACCAAAGAGGAACUGGAGCCCAGAGUUUUCAGAGAGGUGACUGUGAAAGGAAUCGAUGCUUCUGAUUACCAGACAAUCCAGAUUUUCUACCCUAGCAAGGAUGGUACAAAGAUUCCAAUGUUCAUUGUGCAUAAAAAAGGCAUAAAAUUAGACRGCUCUCAUCCUGCUUUCUUAUAUGGCUACGGUGGCUUCAACAUAUCUAUUACACCCAACUACAGUGUAUCCAGGCUCAUUUUCGUGAGGCACAUGGGUGGCGUUCUUGCUGUGGCCAACAUCAGGGGUGGCGGUGAAUAUGGAGAGACGUGGCAUAAAGGUGGUAUCUUGGCCAACAAACAAAACUGCUUUGAUGACUUUCAGUGUGCUGCCGAGUAUCUGAUCAAGGAAGGCUACACGUCUCCCAAAAGGCUGACCAUUAACGGAGGUUCAAAUGGAGGCCUCUUAGUGGCUGCUUGUGCCAAUCAGCGUCCUGACCUCUUUGGUUGUGUUAUUGCCCAAGUUGGCGUAAUGGACAUGCUGAAGUUCCAUAAAUAUACCAUCGGUCAUGCCUGGACCACCGACUAUGGGUGCUCAGACAGCAAACAACACUUUGAAUGGCUCGUUAAAUACUCCCCACUGCACAACGUGAGGCUGCCCGAGGCGGAUGGCGUCCAGUACCCGUCCAUGCUUCUCCUCACUGCUGACCACGAUGACCGGGUGGUCCCGCUCCACUCCCUGAAGUUCAUUGCCACCCUACAGUAUGUGGUGGGCCGCAGCCGGAAGCAGAGCAAUCCCCUGCUCAUCCAUGUGGACACCAAGGCUGGCCACGGGGCGGGGAAGCCCACAGCCAAAGUGAUAGAAGAAGUUUCAGAUAUGUUUGCGUUCAUAGCGCGAUGCCUGAACAUUGACUGGAUUCAGUAAAUGGGAUUUCCUGCUCCUCCAACAGCCACAGAAAACCUCAAGGGCUUUCACACCGUUCCAACCGAGAAACCACUGGGCACAAUGCUCCCCACAUGGGCACUGUUCCUGCACACAGACUACAGUUGAACAGAACUACUGUGGGAAUUUUAUCUUUUUUAGGCUUCUCCUUUUUAGCAAGCCCUUGGCGUUUCUUUUCCCACCCUAUCCAGGCACAUAUUUUAAAAAGAAUUUUAAAAGGCAUGUUUGGAUAAAUAGCUCAAUGUCAGCAACGUGUGAAUACUAGAUUGCUGAAUUAAGGGUCAUACCCGGGCAUCCUCAUACAUAACUCAGUGAACUUUGCUUCUAUAACCGUAACCUAUAUAUUCCUUAAAUAAAUGUGAGAACUCUUCUCAUGAAAGACUUCAUUGCAAUACUAAUAAAUGCUAUUUAAGAAUA